UCUAGAGCUCCCAGAGCAGCAUUGUCUUAAUGAGGAAAAGCUUCCUGCUGACCAGCAUCUCUUGAACCUUGAGUGGAACCCCAGUCUGGACCAAGAGGAGCCAGAACCUCCACAGAUUAAAGAGGAGGAGGAGCACUGCAUCGGUCUGGAAGUAGAGCAGCUUGUACUGAAGCAGGAGGAUCAAGAUAACCUUUUGUUGAAUCCUGUUUUCAAGGAAAGUGAUCACACUGAACCAGAACCAAGUGACCACCAGCUACUCUCCCACAGCUCAGCUCAGAGCCAAGAUCUCAACGGAGGCCAGCAUGGAAACUCAACAUCAGUUAGUAAUGCAGAGCCGGCAUCAGAAAAGGGACAUCAUAUCAUCACAAGAUCAAAAGGGAGCACAAGUCCCAGUAACCUUGCAUGUAGCACUACCAUGUCAAAGAUUGUGCCGAAUAUCUGCAAGAGUAAAAAGGUUUUCCAGUGUGACACUUGUGGAAAAGUCUUUAAGUGGAAGUCAUUAUUAAAUGGACAUCUGAAGGUGCACACAGGUGAGAAAUCAUAUCUUUGCAAAACGUGUGGAAUGAGAUUUGGUUACAAUUCAUCACUAGAAACACAUUUGAGACUCCACACAGGGGAGAAACUGCAUUCUUGCGAAAGGUGUGAAAAAAGUUUCACAACUAGCACAAAUUUGAAGAUCCACGAGACAACGCACACGGGCGAGAGACCUUAUACUUGCAAAACUUGUGGGAGAAGUUUUAGCAAGAGAAACAACCUGCAGAGACACGAGAGAACGCACACAGGCGAGAAGCCUUUUUCUUGCAAAACUUGUGGGAGAAGUUUUAGAGACAGAAAUGCCCUGCAGGUCCACGAGAGAACGCACACGGGGGAGAAACCUUUUUCUUGCAAAACUUGUGGGAGAAGUUUUAGCCAGAGAAAUAACCUGCGGGAUCACGAGAGAACGCACACGGGAGAGAAGCCUUUUUCUUGCAAAACUUGUGGGAGAAGUUUUAGCCUGAGGAAAACCCUGCAGGAUCACGAGAGAACGCACAUGGGUGAGAAGCCUUUUUCUUGCAAAACUUGUGGGAGAAGUUUUAGCCUGAGGAAAACCAUGAAGGGACACGAGAGAACGCACACGGGGGAGAAGCCUUUUUCUUGCAAAACUUGUGGGAAAAGUUUUACACGUGGAUGUAAGUUGAAAGUUCACAUGAGAAGCCAUAAAGGGGAGGAGUCGUAUCCAUGUACUACUUGUGGGGAAAGAUUUGUUAUCAAAUCACUUCUUACCAAACAUAUAAUGACCCACACAUAGCAAAACUGAUAUUUUUGUAAAAUGAUGUAAAGAUCUCUCACUUGCCAGUUUAUACAAAGUCCACAGGAGAAAACAUCCAGUUGAGAAGCCACACCAUGGCAACAGGAGAGGGAUUCGAUUUGCUCAAGCGUUUUCAAAGAAGUUGUUACUUAGUUAUUGUUUCAUUAAAUAAAGAUACAACAGUUAGCGAAAACGACACUGGAAAUGUUUCAGGGGGACAAACAAGUGAUGAACCUUGUUUUAGUUCAAUGCUUUAUGAAGUUCCAUCACCACUGAUGAGUAGCAGACUUCAAUAACUUCACAAAGCAGUGAACUACAGCCAGGUUCAUCACUUACAUCUACACAAGAGAGAUUGUGUACAUUUGCAUUAGCUGCAUCUCUGUAACUGAAUGUGGAAAAUAUCCCAUUGAGGAGACAUCACUAUAUCUUUGAUGCAGAACAUGGUCAACAACAUUUGCUGAAGUACCCACGUUUCUGUUCUUCAUGUGACUGUCAUUGAUAUUUACAUCUGCAAAGGAAGUGAUGUUUUCAACCAUGUAUCUUUGUUUAUUCAUUUAUCAGCAAUUUAUACCAGAUGGUGCAGGAAGGGGAUGGGGGUGAGAGCAAUUGAUUGGGUAAAGUGGCAGAUCCAGGAUAUUUUAUUAUCAGUUAAUGUUGAGAGAUGUUGUCAAUGUGUCAGGAAAGACUGUGGAUUAAGAUGUACAAAAAUCUAACAUAUUUGUGGUACAAAAAUUUGUAAGAACAAAGUAUGUGGUGCAGAAUAUCAGAUGACUUCCCUUUUUUCUUUUUCCUAUUACAAAAGAAGAAAAUAUGUUGUUAAUGUGUACACUGUCCUAAAUGACUCACUGUAAAUGGUUAUUCUUUUGUACUACGUGUAUUCAAUACUUCAGUGCAUUUGCAGUUUAUUAAAGUUUCUUGAAUUAU